AUGAGAACAGAGCUGCUCGUUGUUUACCUGCUUCCUGUUCUGGCACAGGUGACGCUGCAAGCAGGGAGCGAUGACCUCGUAGUUUCCCUGAAAAAUGGCAGAGUCAGGGGGGGAUAUGUGACGGUGAAAGGCACCGAGAGACGGGUGAAGCAAUACCUGGGAAUCCCUUUCGCCCGGCCCCCCGUGGGGCCCCUCCGCCUGGCCGCUCCACAGGACGCAGAGCCCUGGGAGGGGGAGAGAGACGGCACACAUCACCCCCCCAUGUGUAUCCAGGCCGCAGACAAGUUUGUGAAUAUCUCUCAGGUUCUCUCGAUGACGUACAAACCCACAGAGCUGUCAGAGGACUGUUUGUAUUUGAAUGUGUACACGACCGCUGAAGCGAAGAGCGGGGACAAACUCCCGGUGAUGGUGUGGAUCCACGGAGGAGGUCUGGUGAUCGGAGCGGCCUCUCAUUACGAUGGCUCUCCGUUAGCGGCCUAUGAAAACAUCGUGACGGUUUUCGUACAGUAUCGCCUCAGCAUUCUGGGAUUCCUGAGCACCGGAGACGAACACGCUCGGGGGAACUGGGGUUUCCUGGACCAGCUGGCAGCUCUGAGAUGGGUGAAGGAAAAUAUUGAAGCCUUCGGAGGAGAUCCUCAGACGGUCACAGUCGCUGGAGAAUCUGCAGGAGGCAUCAGCUCCUCCCUGCUGACUCUGUCUCCUCAAGCCAAAGGAUUGUUUCAGAGGGCGAUCUUUCAAAGUGGAGUCGCGACACUCGGGACCUCCCCCGCCUCCCAUGCUUUGGGUUAUGCUAAGGUCGUUGCCAACCUGACUGGAUGUGAGCACAGCAGCACACAGGAGCUGGUCCAGUGCAUGAGAGGAAAAACUAAAGAGGAGCUGCUCCAGGCGACAGUGCAGAUGACGAGCUACCUGGGAGGUGUGGUGGAUGGAGACUUCCUCCCUGACGAACCAGUGGAGCUGCUGAAGAGGAAGGAGAUGUUGAAGGUUCCAGCGAUGAUGGGAAUAACCAACCAUGAGUUUGGGUGGCUGCUGCCUCAGAGUUUUGCGCCCCCUGGCUGGGAGAACGGAAUGAACAGAGAGUCCGUGAUGGCAGUGAUGAACAUGUUCUAUCCUGCAGGGGCCGCCGCUGCCAACGACCUCAUCGCAGACGAAUACCUGAAAGACGCCAAAACACCGGAGGACAUCAGAGACGGGUUCACUGAAAUCAUGGGAGACAUGCUCAUGACGCUGCCCGUCGUCAAGGUGGCCAAUUACCACAUCGACGCAGGUAUUCCAGUUUACAUGUACGAGUUUGUGCACCAAUCGGAGAUUUACAAACACACCAGACCCGACUUCGUGAAGUCAGAUCACGCAGAUGAUGUCGUCUUCAUGUUUGGUGCAUGUUUCUGGAACGGACAUGUACAGAUCGGAGCCAACUUCACCGAGGGAGAUAAACAACUGUGUCGGACCAUGAUGGCGUACUGGGCCAAUUUUGCCCGUAAUGGAUCUCCGGACGGUCCAGGUCUGCUCAGUUGGCCUCAGUAUUCCAAACAGAAGCAGGAUUACAUGGAGCUGGGCCUGACACAGACUGUGAGACAGAAGCUGAAGGAGGACAGAGUCCACUUCAUCACCAUCACCCUUCCUCAGAAGCUGGAACAGUUAGCAGCAGCAGCAGGAGCAGGAGCCACACCUGGAAACUGACGUCUGCCAGCUGCCGUGUUGUUGGUUUGGGUUUUAUUUGUCUGCCCUCUCCUCAUAACUAACUUGUAUCCGAUCAGUAACUGUCCAAACCAACUUCUCUCUGACUUAUUCUCCAAGUUUAACUCCACUUGUGUGUCUCGUUUCAUAAAGUAGCUUUAAUAAAAGGAAAUACUUUUACUGCAAAGAAAGAAAAA